AUGACGGAGAAUCAUACCCCUUCUACUACUCAGGCAACGUUGCCUACGCCGGUUUCUGAACCAGCGCCAAUUCAAGCAACCCCAACCCCUUCCGCCUCCGUCACCGCGACUGCUGCCGCUGCGACUGCGGCGGUGAACAGCCCCUCCAUGAACGGUGCCGGUGAGCAGCUGCCUUGCCAGUGGGUUGGAUGCACUGAGAAGUCCGCCACCGCCGAGUCUCUAUAUGAGCAUGUUUGCGAGCGCCAUGUUGGACGUAAAAGCACCAACAACCUCAACUUGACGUGUCAGUGGGGUACUUGUAACACCACAACAGUCAAGCGUGAUCAUAUCACCUCCCACAUCCGUGUUCACGUGCCACUUAAGCCUCACAAAUGUGACUUCUGCGGUAAGGCCUUCAAGCGUCCUCAGGAUUUGAAGAAGCAUGUCAAGACCCAUGCGGACGAUUCCGAGAUCCGCUCGCCCGAACCAGGCAUGAAGCAUCCUGAUAUGAUGUUCCCUCAAAACCCCAAGGGUUAUGCUGCUGCAACACAUUACUUCGAGAGCCCAAUCAAUGGCAUUAAUGGUCAAUACUCACACGCGCCACCUCCGCAGUACUACCAGCCACACCCGCCACCACAGGCCCCCAACCCCCACUCCUACGGCAAUGUUUACUAUGCCUUGAGCCAGGGACAAGAGGGAAACCAUCCCUAUGACCGUAAGCGCGGAUAUGACGCGUUGAACGAGUUUUUUGGCGACUUGAAGCGUCGCCAGUUCGACCCUAAUUCCUACGCCGCGGUCGGCCAGCGUCUGCUGGGUCUACAAGCCCUUCAGCUUCCCUUCCUCAAUGGCCCUGUGCCUGAAUAUCAGCAAAUGCCUGCAUCUGUCGCGGUCGGUGGCGGCGGCGGGGGUGGUGGUUACAGCCCUGGUGGUUCCCACCCCCCUGGCUACCACCUUCCCCCCAUGUCAAAUGUUCGGACUAAGAAUGAUUUGAUCAACAUCGAUCAAUUCCUCGAGCAAAUGCAGAACACUAUCUAUGAGAGCGAUGAGAAUGUGGCGGCUGCCGGCGUUGCCCAGCCCGGCGCGCAUUACGUACAUGGCAUGAACUAUCGCGCUACUCACUCUCCCCCAACCCAGCUCCCACCCAGCCACGUUACCGCAACUACCUCCGCCCCUAUGGGAGCUGCCUCGGCUCACUCCCCAUCGGUCGGCACCCCAGCCCUGACCCCGCCUUCUAGCGCACAGUCAUAUACCUCCAACCGCUCUCCUAUCUCCAUGCACCAAGCUCACCGCGUGUCCCCCCCUCAUGAGAGCGGUCCGGGUAUGUACCCUCGCUUGCCGUCGGCCACUGUCGCCGACAGCAUGAAUGCAGGUUACCCGACCGCGUCAGGUGCCGCACCGCCCUCAACUCUGAGUGGCGCGUACGACCACGACGAUCGCCGCCGCUACACUGGAGGUACCUUGCAACGCGCCCGGCCGGCCGAGCGUGCUGCCACCGAGGACCGCAUGGAUACCUCACAGGACAGCAAGACUCCAGCUAUUCACAUCUCGGAGAGCCUGAUUGACCCCGCUCUAUCAGGUAACCCCGAUCAGGAAGCAGUCAAGCGUACCGCGCAAGCAGCCACUGAGGUUGCCGAUCGGGACGUCAACGUUGCCUGGGUUGAAAAGGUCCGUCUGCUUGAGAACCUGCGUCGCUUGGUUUCGGACUUGCUCGAGGCUGAUAGCCUUACUGCUGGAUAUGGAACCCAGUCCUCAGCUUCUCCUACACCAGGACUUGAUGCUAUGGAAGGAGUUGAGAGUGGCCGGGCUGCUUCUGAGCAGCCCAAGGAAGAGUCUGCCAAGCCUACAAAUGAGGGAGUCUUCUAUCCUACAUUACGUAGUGUUGAUGAGGAUGAGGAUGGGGAUUCUAAAAUGCCUGAGUAA